GUCAGAGUUACAGUCGGGAUCCUUUUAAAAAAUCUGAGAUGGGAAAUCAAUAGAUUCGGGGGAACUUAAUUAAAUGGUUUCUGAUGAAUCAGGACCCACAUUCUCUACUGUCACAAAGAAGGAUCCUGGCCCAUGAAGCCAUAGUGAAAGAUGUUUCAGGUUGAUCUACAAUGAGAUUAUUCAUAACAACAAUGAUGAUGAGAUUCGGCUAUGGAGGCUGGGUGCAGCUCCAACACCACAGCAAGGGAGAAGCAAAGAUGAUGAAAGAUGGGAAGGUCUUCAGAGUGGUCCAAGAGAACUGUUGGGAUCCAGAAGUUCGUAUUAGAGAAAUGGAUCAGAAAGGAGUAUCAGUGCAAGCUCUUUCCACCGUCCCCAUCAUGUUUAGCUACUGGGCCAAACCUCAAGACACUUUGGACCUGUGCCAACUAUUAAACAAUGACAUAGCUGCCACUGUUGCCAGCCACCCCAGGAGGUUUGUGGGUCUGGGAACAUUGCCCAUGCAAGCUCCAGAACUGGCCAUCAAGGAGAUGGAGCGCUGUGUGCAGGAGCUGGGCUUUCCGGGGGUCCAAAUUGGCUCCCACAUCAACAAGUGGAACCUGAAUGAGCAGAAAUUCUUCCCAGUCUAUGAGGCGGCCGAACGGCUGAACUGCUCCCUGUUUGUGCACCCUUGGGACAUGCAGAUGGAUGGGCGGAUGGCCAAAUACUGGCUUCCUUGGCUCGUAGGAAUGCCAGCAGAGACCACCAUGGCUAUUUGUUCCAUGAUCAUGGGUGGGGUGUUUGAGAAGUUUCCUAAACUAAAAGUGUGUUUUGCACAUGGAGGUGGUGCUUUCCCUUUCACAGUGGGAAGAAUUUCCCAUGGAUUCAACAUGCGUCCAGAUCUAUGUGCCCUGGACAAUCCAACUGAUCCAAAGAAAUACCUGGGCUCCUUUUACACAGAUUCCUUGGUUCAUGAUCCUCGAUCCCUCAAGCUGUUAAUAGAUGUCAUGGGAAAGGACAAAGUUAUUUUGGGAACUGACUACCCCUUUCCACUAGGUGAACUGGAACCCGGGAAAUUAAUAGAGUCCAUUGAAGAAUUUGAUGAAGAAACAAAGGAUAAACUCAAAGUUGGUAAUGCCCUGGCAUUUCUGAAUCUUGAGAGAAAACAGUUUGAAUGACUGAAUUCACUACAAAAACAAAUUUUCAAGAAGAUAUUUCACGUUUUAAAAUAUGUAUCACAGAUGCGUUACUAAAAUUCUAUUUUGAAUUAUUUAACCCAGAAAUAGAAUAUCCCCAAACACCCUAAAUUAUUCAUAACAAAAAUGAUUCACAAGUGCUUUCAUUCUGAAAAGUAGUACAUUAUCUCACAUGCAAAUCAGAAGUUAUAUUUCCAAUGCCUUUUUAAAUUAUUCUGGAGGAGAUAAAAAAAAUAAAUGUCAUUAAUGAUUUAUAUAGAGAAAGACUAACACCAGAUUUAUUUUAAAGGGCUCAGGCAGGGUCUUCAUUUUGAUCAAGGAUAUAUGUAAAUUGAGUCCAAAUAACCUGUUGUAUUCACUUUUUAUCUCUUUUCAUUUGCCCAUAAUUUGUCUGGAAAUGCCUCCACAAAACAACUGAUGUUUAUACAGAAUAUCCAAAACAUCAAAGAGUUUACAGCCCAAUUAAAGAAGCAAGAUGCAUGUUCACAGAAUAAUUCCUGAGUCAUACAACACAAAGUUCAAAAAGGUUUCAGUAAAAAGAAAACAUUUUGGUCUUAAAUGGUUGGGUAGAUCUUCAUAGAAGUUGGAACUUAGGUUUGGGAUAGGAGGAUGGAUAAGGCUUAUUCUAGGUUGAGAGGAUAGAAAACAGGUAGAAAGGCAAACAACAGGAAAAUACAUAUGAUUUCAGACUGGAUGAAACUUAUCCAUUCUGGAGAAAAGUUCCAGCCUAUAAAUUUACCAGAAGUCCUUUUCAAAUCCCCAUACCCCAAGAACUAGGGAUUGAACUCACAACCCCACACAUGCUAGGCAAGCACUCUAUCAUGGAGCUACACCUCUACAUUUUUAUUUUAUUUUUAUUUUGAGGGUCUUGCUAAAUUGCCAGAUUCACCUUGAACUUGGAAUGAAAUCCUUCUGCUCUAGCCUCUAUGUAACUGGGAUUCACCAUACCUGGCUAUCUUUUAAUUUAAAACUAGCCAUCAAGAGUGAGCUGGCCAAUACCAGGGUAUCCUUGUUCUACUCACUUUAUUUAUAGUCCCACCUGGGCUACUGUAAAGGGACUUGGUCCUGGGAAGGGUGAUGAACAACUGUAGUUCAUAUAAAUCUGGCUGAAUUCCAAAAUCAAAUGAAAAUUUUCUAAACAAUCCUCUGGCUUUAGGUUCAUUCAUACUUCUUUCCCUUUCAUAGUACAGAAAAUCAAAAGUAUUGACACAUAGUUUGUGUUGACCACUCUUCAGUGUAAAGAAGAGAUCUAAUUCUUACUAACUAGUCCCAUUUCAUUAUUUUCACUUUAUAUAGUUUAUCCAUCUCCCGCUCCCUCUCUCUGCCCCAGCCUCCUAUAGCUUUCUAGGAUUUUGCCAACUGACCACUCUUAUUACUUCAAUCUGCCUAAAGAGAAAAAUAAAAUUAGACAAGGUAAUGUUAGGCAGCUAGUCAGUCACAAAUGGAUAAGCAGAGAAAAGACAAUGAAGGGUGACUAAAAACCACAGGGAGCCUUAUCUGACAGAUAAACAGCUGGAAGAUGGGGGCUUGGUAUGUUAAAACUUCCCCCAGUCAUAGCUACAUUUCUUUAAUAAAAACUAUUGUUUCAA